GCUAAGCUCCAGUCACAUUCCAGAUCGACAGCUAUUCUACCCAAUGAGCUCGAUUUGCUUAGAGGACAUCAGCCAAUGGCGAAGCUGGAUUUUUAGAGCAGGCGGGAUAUCAAAGUCUUGAAGAAUAACUCAUUGAUCAAUCUCCAACAAGCCGUAACGUUAGAGAGUUGGUCGUGUAAACCUCACAUAGAAGUUAUUUGGAGAAAACGUGCGCGUUACUCCGUAAACGUAAAUUUCUUGUUUUCACUUUUGACGAACAAACAGGGCAGCUGCAAUGUGGAUUCAAGUGCGCACAAUGGAUGGGAAGGAAACCCACCGGGUGGAUUCCCUGUCCAAACUCACCAAGGUGGAUGAGCUGCGUCUCAAAAUCACGGAGCUCUUCAAGGUGGAGCCAGAGAAGCAGAGGCUUUUCUACCGCGGCAAGCAGAUGGAGGACGGUCAUACCAUAUUUGACUACAACGUGGGUCUUAACGACAUAGUGCAGCUGCUUGUUAGACAGAUUCCCACCGUUGAAGUCGUCAAAAGCAAGGACAAAGAAGCCGAGCUCUCCGACUCUGACUCUGGUUGUGGCUCGACCCAGAGUGAGUCUGACAAGAGCUCAACUCACGGUGAGGUAGAGGUUCAGACCGCCAGCACCUCUGCCCAGACAAACACCACAGAGCUCAUCGACCCGGGGUUCGGGUUUUACAAGACCAAUGAGUUGGUGGAUGCAAGGGACUUGAACAUGGGUGCCUGGUUUGAGGCCCAGAUCGUGAAUGUUACUAAGACAACAAAGACGCCUAAAGAAGAGGCUGCUGAGGCACAGCCAGCAGAGGACGAGAUACUGUACCAUGUUAAAUACGAAGACUACCCAGAGAAUGGGGUGAUUCAGUUGCUGGCCAAGGAUGUUCGCCCGCGGGCCCGUACGGUGUACCAGUGGCACCAACUGGAGGCAGGUAUGGUCGUUAUGGUCAACUACAACCCAGACGACCCCAAGGAGCGUGGCUACUGGUACGACGCUGAGAUCCAGAGGAAGAGGGAGACGCGCACCGUGCGAGAGAUCUACGCCAAGAUCAUCCUUGGUGAUGCUGGUGACUCUCUUAAUGAUUGCCGGAUCAUGUUCCUGACUGAAAUCUACAAAAUCGAGGAGCCUGGUUCUCUGGGUGACACCCCAGCUGGAUCUGAGAGUCCACUAAAAAGAUCAAAUGGGCCUGAGUGCAAGCACUGUAAGGAUGAUCCCAAGAAAAAAUGUCAGUGGUGCAACUGCCAUAUCUGUGGCAUCAAGCAGGACCCUGACAAACAGUUGCUGUGUGACGAAUGUGACAUGGCCUAUCACAUUUACUGCCUGAACCCUCCGCUCACUUCCAUCCCUGACGACGAGGACUGGUAUUGCCCAGGUUGCCGUACUGACGCCAGUGAGGUUGUGUUGGCCGGAGAGAAGCUGAAGGAGAGCAAGAAGAAAGCCAAGAUGGCUUCUGCUAGCUCCUCCAGCCAGAGGGACUGGGGCAAGGGAAUGGCCUGUGUCGGUCGAACCAAGCAGUGCACCAUCGUCCCGUCCAACCACUACGGCCCAAUCCCCAGCAUUCCCGUCGGGUCCCUGUGGAAGUUUAGAGUGCAGGUCAGUGAAUCUGGUGUACACAGGCCUCAUGUAGCUGGGAUUCACGGCAGGAGUAAUGAUGGUGCCUACUCUCUGGUCCUGGCAGGAGGAUAUGAGGAUGACGUGGAUGAUGGUAAUGAGUUCACUUACACUGGCUCUGGAGGGCGAGAUCUUUCUGGAAACAAGAGGACUGCUGAGCAGUCGUGUGAUCAGACACUUACCCACAUGAACCGGGCUGUGGCUCUAAACUGCAACGUCCCUGUCAACGACAAAAACGGAGCUGAGGCCAAGAACUGGAAGGCAGGCAAACCAGUUAGAGUUGUGCGCAGCUGCAAGGGUCGCAAGCACAGUAAAUACUCCCCUGAGGAAGGAAACAGAUAUGAUGGCAUAUAUAAGGUGGUGAAGUACUGGCCAGCCAAGGGCAAGUCUGGUUUUUUGGUUUGGCGGUAUCUGCUGAGGCGUGAUGAUGAUGAGCCGGCACCAUGGACCAGAGAUGGCAAGGAACGCAUCAAGAAGCUCGGUCUCACCAUGCAGUAUCCUGCUGGCUAUCAGAAGGAGAAAGAGAACAAAAAUGAAGUGGAGGAGCAGGCGGCGACACCCAGCAAGGCAAAGAGGAAGAGAAAAUCUCAGGGCAGCGAUUCCUCCAAGACCUCACCAGCCAAGACUCCUAAGAAAAUAAAGGUAGAAGUGUACAAGCUUACCCAGGGGCAGAAAGCCCUCAUCAAGAAUGACAAGCCAAACAAGAAGCUGUGGGAUGAAGCCAUGGAGUCACUCUCACUUGGACCGAAAUUCUUAAACAAAGUUGAAGAAGUUUUCCUCUGCAUUUGCUGCCAAGAAGUGGUCUAUCAGCCAGUCACCACAGAGUGCCAACACAAUGUCUGCAGGGAAUGCCUUCAGCGGUCCUUCCGGGCAGAUGUGUACACCUGCCCGGCCUGCAGGCACGACCUGGGCAAAAACUACUCCAUGACCGUUAACCAAUCCCUGCAGGAUAUUCUAAAUCAGUUUUUCCCAGGGUACAGCAGUGGGCGAUGAUCAUUGGUUCUGCCUACUCAGCCCUGAAGGAAACGCGAUGUAAACUGUAAGGGGAAUUUUCAGUAGAGGCAAUAAAGAAUCAAUUUCUCUUAAUAUAUUUGUUAUGAUUAUAAAACUACAAUUUUGUUGUGGACUUCAAUGCCCAAUUCUUAAUCUUGGAUCUGCCAUGAUGUGUAGUUGAAGAUACAUUUUAAUUUGUAACUGACCCAUUACUCCGUUAAUACCUUACACCGUCAUUUUACUUCCCUGGGUUUCAUUUUUGUUCCAUUAACUAAUGCUAAUGUUAUCCACAUUGUGAAAUGUUUAUCUUCAACUAAAUCCCUCCAUGUUUAGCACUCCUUACGAGAAGGUUAAGUCAAAAGGGGUUUAGCCGUUUAACUUGUUUGGAGAUUCUUUUGUACAAGGCUAAUAUUUGAAACUGGUCUUAUCUAGUCUGCCGUUCAUUUGGCUGUGGUCUGUCGUCAUUUUUGGUGCGAUUUU